GAAAGUGUAAUACAUUAAUUUUACUGAUAAUAACUACAUUUUCCUAUUUGCCGUUGUGAAUGCUGAUUUUCGGGCUCCUUAUCGAGCGCCAGUGAUAUUGCAAAUGGCCUUUUGAACGCAAGAUUGUCUUGUGCUCGCGGUUAUUGCUCGUCCUCAAAUGAAGUUUAUAUCAAGAUACUUCGAGUGCUUGUUAGAUUCUUCGCGAAAUUGGUAGCUCAAUUUAUUUCCACCUCUGUUUAGCAUAAAUUUGUGAUAAAUCCAUACUCGUACCGAGCGUUUUUGCUGAGUGUGGCAGUGAAGUUAGUGAAGUGGAUUUGUAGUAGCGUUCAGAUAGUUGAAGGCGCUCCCAGCUCUUUUGAUUAGUUUUUAAAUUGUUAUCAAACUUUACUCGUUCAGUUUUUGUACGUUUUAUUGUUAUCUUGUUGACGUGCGUUGAAAUUUAUAGUAGUUUUCGCGGUUAGCUCGAUACCCGUGGUACUCGUCAUCGUUUAAUAAUAUUUACAUAAAAUGGAAGCAAGUACAAUUGAAAUUCCUGUACGGAUUAAGGACUCCAAUGUCUACAAAACUACGAGUCUCCUAGAACCGGUGAAACUCCGCAUAGGAACCGAAGGACCCGCCGCCGAACCGCCAAUAUCCAUCCCUGGCAUCUUUCAAAACUCCGUAAUCAAAUACAGGAAUCGUGCAGCUCUAGCCAGUCAGGAUUCAGAAGGAUUAUGGAACUAUGUAUCAUAUGAGGAAUAUCAGGACAUAUCCUUGCAUGUUGCCAAAGUCUUCAUAAAACUCGGUUUGCAGCCACGUCACUCAGUUGGAAUUCUCGCAUUCAAUUGUCCGGAAUGGUUCUAUGCUAGCAUGGGAGCGAUUCAUGCAAAUGGAAUCUCGGUUGGAAUUUAUACAACGAAUUCAUCGGAUGCUGUCCAUCAUGUACUCGAAAAUUCGGAGGCUAAUAUCGUUGUUGUGGAUAAUGCAAAACAAAUGGCAAAGAUUCGAGAAAUCAAGCAUAAAUUGCCAUUACUGAAGGCUGCUAUACAACUUAAUGGACCAUUCGACGAGGACUUACUGGAGCAGAAUGGGUACUAUAGGUGGUCGGCAAUCAAAGAGAUGAAGGUACAGGAUCAGGAGACGGAGCUUCAGAGGCGAAUGAAUGAUAUCGCUGUCAAUGAGUGCUGCUCCAUCAUAUACACCUCCGGAACAACAGGCAUGCCAAAGGGUGUUAUGUUAUCACACGAUAACAUCGUGUGGGACGCCCAUAUCACAAUGAAGGGUAUGGCGGGAUUAACUCCCGGCGAAGAGACAAUUGUCUCGUAUUUGCCACUGAGUCAUGUGGCUGCCAUGAAUGCUGAUAUAUACUUCAGUCUGGCUUUGGGAAACACCGUCUAUUUUGCCGAUAGGAAUGCUUUGAAAGGAUCCCUAGGAAAGACUCUUUUGGAUAUACGACCGACUAUAUUUGGCGGGGUGCCGCGGGUCUUUGAAAAAAUUCAGGAAAAAAUGUCGUCAAUCGAAGCACAAACAGGAUUCAUAAAAAAAUCUCUGCUAAGUUGGGCGAGAUCUUCUACCUGGGACUACUGGCAAGGAGUAAUGAAGGGGAAUGACUACCAAGGAAUUCAAUAUCGCAUGGCCAAGGCUCUGGUCCUUAAUAAAAUCAAACGAGCUCUGGGCUUGGAUCGUUGCAAGUAUGUUAUGUGUGGCGCAGCUCCAAUUUCCGUGGAAACUAAAAAGUUCUUCCUUUCAUUGGACAUUUACAUACUCGAAAUGUAUGGUCUCUCAGAAAAUGUCGGAGGACAUUGCAUGUGCUCAACCCAGGAGCCCGACUUGGAAACCGUUGGAAAACCCUUAGAUGGUACCGAGACGAACAUUUUCAACCCAGACGAGAUGGGCCAGGGCGAGGUAUGCUACCGUGGUCGUCAUGUAUUCAUGGGCUACGUUGGAGAUGAGGAGAAAACUAAUGAGACUCUGGACAAUGAAGGAUGGAUGCACACUGGAGAUUUGGGUUAUAUGAGCGAGGAGAGGUGUGUGUACUUAACAGGCAGACUGAAGGAGCUUAUAAUCACUGCUGGAGGCGAGAACAUUCCACCCGUCCGCAUUGAAAACUUAUUAAAGAGCGAAUUGCCUGUUCUAAGCAACUGCUUCCUGGUAGGAGACAGGAGGAAAUAUUUAACAGUCCUAGUGACACUUAAGACUGAGGUCGACAUGGAAUCAGGCGAACCCCUUGACGAACUGAGUCCUGACACUCUCAAAUGGGUCGCCCAGCUUGACCUGCCAUAUAAGAAAUUGAGCGAAAUUAUCGCAGCCGGCCCAUGUCCGAAAGUCUCGGAUGAAAUUAAGGCAGCAAUCGAUAGAUAUAACAAAAAUGCUAUUUCCAAUGCCCAGAAAAUACAAAAAUUCGCCAUUUUACCAAGCGAUUUCUCAAUAGCAACUGGAGAGUUGGGACCAACAAUGAAAGUUAAACGUCGGGACGUUGCUAAAAAAUAUGCCCAGGUUAUUGACAGCUUAUAUAACGAUUAGGACUGAAAGUACAGAAUUUUUGGGUUUUUAAUUUGUUUAUUAGGCUAAGAGAUAGGAAAUAAAUUGUGAAUGUUUGUUAAGAAAUUUU